AUGAAGAUCGCCGCCGUGCUCAUCACCCUCGCCUCCCUGCAAGGCAUCCUGGCCGCCCCAGCCGCUUGGGAGGAAGCCGAGAGCGCUGACGUGACCAAGAGAGAUUCCGAAAUCGACAACAAGAUCUAUGGAACUCCGUGGAAAUACGCCAAGCGAGACAGUGACAUUGACAACAAGAUCUACGGGACUGCCUGGAAGUAUGCGAAGCGCGAUUCGGAUAUUGACAACAAGAUCUACGGGACUCCCUGGAAGUAUGCGAAGCGUGAUUCGGAAAUCGACAACAAAAUCUAUGGUACCCCAUGGAAGUAUGCGAAGCGCGAUUCGGAUAUUGACAACAAAAUCUAUGGGAAACCCUGGAAAUACGCCAAGCGCGAGGAAGGCGAGGUUGAAGCCGAAGAGCUCGAACACGCCGAGCAUUCCUAG